AUUUUAUGCAAUAGCGAAGUAAAUAUAUACGACACUUCGCUAUAUCAUAAAGUCACAGCAUUUUAAACUUUUUAAUAGCGUUAUAUAUUGGUUCGAAAUUCUUUAUAUGUUGAAUUAAACGAAUGUUGAUUGUAGAUCGCAAACGUCGUGCAUUUCUUUAACAUGAGCGUCCUACUAAACCAGAUUUGUUUUCUCACUGCGCUAAGCGGGGUAUUGUUGAAAGAAGGACUGUACACUAUCAAAGCUGCGGAGUACAAGAUGCUACUUACCGCUAUUUGGAAGGAUUGGUCAACCGAUAGUCACAGUAACGAAUUUCACAUUAUGGCCGAGUAUGCUAAAAAGGGAGCACUCCUUUCUUGGUUAGAUUGUGGAAUUGGUGUUGUCUGUAUCUUAGUUUUCUCACAAUUAUCUUUAACGCCAUUAGCUUUGGACAUAAUUUCACCAAUGAACGAAACGCGGGAUAUUCUAUACAUUUAUCCAGCUUAUUAUUAUAUUGAUGACCGGAAGUAUCGUACAAUUAUAAAUUUACAUAUGGUGUAUACAUAUAUUUUAGGAAUUAUUGUGUAUAUUGGUUGCGAUACAAGUUACAUGUGCGUUGUGCAACACGCCUGUGGACAAUUAGCAGUGGCUGGACAUCGUUUCAAGAAUGCAAUUUUUGAUUUGUCUAUUGUCAAUGAAACGAGUGCCAUACAGGAUGAGAUUCAUGAAAGAGUGCUUCGUUCGAUUCGACAACACCAACAUGCUAUAGAUUACCUGAAAACUAUUCAAAGCAUUCAUUCUACUUAUCUUUGUAUUUGCAUCGGACUGGUAAUGGCAACAUUCAGCGUCACGUUAGUAAAGGUGAGCUUUUUAACGUGCAAAUUCACACAGUUUGACAGUAAUUGUAAUCACUGUGCUUUAAAACAGGUUGCAGCACAAUCGGAAAUUUCUGUGGAGUCUAUCAAGAAUCUUGUAUUUCUCUCAUCUCAAUUGACACACAUAUUUCUAUUAACGGUACAAGGACAAUUCGUACAGAAUGCGAACGAUGAAGUUACCGAAUCGAUAUAUGACGCGUUAUGGUAUAAUUCUAAUAAUAAAACGAAACUGUUGUUUGUAUUAGCACUAAGAAAUUGCUUAAAUCCUCCCACUCUAUCAGCUGGUGGAUUAAUUAUCCUGAAUAUGAAGAGCUUCUCAGAGAUUAUAAAAACAUCUGUUUCAUACUUUACCGUAUUGAAAUCUACGUAAACCGUAAAAUGCUCCCGACAAAGGCAAUGGAAGACAAUACACCGGAACAAAGAUUAGUGGAUAAAAUAUUAAAAUAAUUACAAUGGUUCUUAUAUCUAAAUUACUAUUUUUUGGUUUUACUCCCACUUGGUGAUGCUUGGUAAGAAAAUGAUUUAUGCUAAAUUUCAGAGUGAUUAGACAACAGGAAUUAUUAGCACAUAUAAGUUGAAGUUUUCAAGUUUUAAUGUUUUCGCAUUGGUUGUGAGCAUAAUUGUGUUUCGUUGUUUUGGAAAUAUUAAGGAAUAUUUUAAAAUAAAAGCACAAUGUCUAAGAUCUAUACUAGCAAUGCGUAUAUAUUACUUCGAAAGAUACAUAUGAAAAUGUUUGAUUUGAAUCACCUUCUUAAUCUGCAAAAGCCAGCUAUUUAUUUAGCGAAUCUUACAGACUUUUACAUAUGAAUUCCCUUCUGUCACAAGUAUUGUAAUAAAACUAACCGUUAUUUGUAUCUUCCUAGUAACAGCAAGCGUCUGUUUUCAUUUUUAGUUGAGAUUUCGAUGUGUUUAUAUGCCUGAACUGUAUUCAAAGAGAGAUCGAAUACAGAAAGAUAGAAAUAAGAAACUUUGAUGUAGUGCACUUUCUGGGACAUGAUGAUACUAAAAUUAUUUAAUCAAAUAUUUUUACUAAUGAUACAUUUAGCGUGUGCUGUUUUACAGUGUAUGGAAAGUAAAA